AUGGCAGGUAAGAAGGUGCUCAUUGUUUAUGCGCACCAGGAGCCCCAGUCUUUCAACGGCAGUCUGAAGAAAGUGGCUGUGGAGACCUUGAGCAAGCAGGGCUGCACCGUCACCGUGUCUGACCUCUAUGCCAUGGACUUUGAGCCGAGAGCCACGGGGAACGAUAUCACUGGUGCUCUCUCUCAUCCCGAGGUCUUCAGUUAUGGGGUGGAAGUAUAUGAAGCCUACAAGAAGCAGUCUCUUACCAGUGACAUAGUCGCUGAGCAGAAGAAGGUUCAGGAAGCUGAUCUAGUGAUAUUUCAGUUCCCACUGUACUGGUUCAGCGUGCCGGCCAUCCUGAAGGGCUGGAUGGACAGGGUGCUGUGCCAGGGGUUUGCCUUUGACCUCCCAGGAUUCUAUGAUGCCGGGUUUCUCAAGGGUAAGCUGGCCCUCCUUUCCCUAACCACGGGCAGCCCGGCCGAGAUGUACAUGAGGACUGGCGUCAGUGGAGAUUUUAAAUACUUCUUGUGGCCCCUUCAGCACGGCACCCUGCACUUCUGUGGGUUUAAGGUGCUCGCCCCCCAGAUCAGCUUUGCUCCUGAGACGGCCUCAGAAGAGGAAAGAAAGAAGAUGGUGGCAUCCUGGACCCAGAGGCUGGAGAGCAUCUGGAAGGAAGUGCCCAUCCCCUGCACGGCCCCUUGGUACUUUGGGCAGUAA